AUGAAUUUGCGCAAGAAUGAUGCAAUCACAGAUGAAGAACUUGAAGAACUAAUCGAGGAUGCAGCCGAAGAUAUAUUGGAAUCUAGAAGAAUUGAUGAUAAGAGACAACAUGAAUAUGAUGAGGCAGAUAGAACUGUCGACCGCAUGCUGCAAAGAAUUAAAAGACGUCAAGAAGAAGACAAUGAAGACGAUGAAGACGACAUGGAUUUCGUGCAGGAUCAGCAACCUGAAAGCGAUAUUGAGAUGGAUAUCGAUGAUGAAGAAUUAAAAGAUAUGAUUGAUGAAGUAGCCCGUGAGUUAGAUAGAUUGAGCCAACCCAUUGAAGAAGAAAUAAUGUUCAGCGUUGAAGAUGAAGACGAUGACUAUGAGGGUGAAUAUGAUGCAAAAGAAAUAGAAGAACUGCAAGAAGCAGAAGACGAACCGCAAGUAUAUCCUGGCGAGGAAGAUGAUGUUCGUGCAGGAGUGAGGUUUGAAGAAGUCCCCGUGUUGAGUACAACAGAUGAUUCAAAUAAAGACAAAAAAGGAGAACACAAAGUGGACGAUCAUUUUAUUCAAAUGGAGUCAAGUAUCGACCCACAGAUAGGAAUCGAACUGACAGACCAAGAUAUGGACAAACGUACUUACAACGAAAGAAGCCCAAGACUAAUUUGUUAA